AUGUCAAACUUCAACUACGAUACCACUGGUGAGGAGGUAGCCUCCGUCUGUUCCGAUGAAAUUCUGGGCAAGAUCAUUCUUAUCACUGGACCUUCGCCCAAUAGUCUUGCUGCAAAGUUUGCCAUGACGAUCAGUGUGCACGCCCCGGCCAUGAUAAUUCUCGCCUCCCGUGAUACUUCCAAGCUGGAAGAACUCGCCGCCUCAAUCAAGGAAAUUGGACCUGCAAUCGCCAUCCGUAUCCUGAGGCUCGACUUGUCUUCUCAAGCUUCAAUCCGCGAGGCGGCCCAGGAAGUGAACAGCUAUGAAGAUGUCCCAUACAUCGAUGUACUCGUCAACAGCGCAGGGUUGAUGGCAGUUCCCUACAGUCAGACACAGGAGGGCAUCGAACUUCAAUUCGGAGUCAAUCAUGUUGGACAUUUCCUCUUCACAAAUCUGAUAAUGGGCAAAUUAAUCUCGGAAGAUGGAAGUCGGAGUAGCCGCGUACUUAACGUCUCAAGCGUUGGUCACGAGUUAUCACGAGUGAGAUUUGAGGACUAUAACUUCAAGGAUGGCCAGUACUAUAACCGAUGGUAUGCAUACGGCCAAUCCAAGUCAGCGAACAUGCUAUUCUCUGUUGCACUUGCGGCAAGAUUGGCCAAGAAAGGACUCAUCUGUGUGAGCCUUCAUCCAGGUUCAGUCUUCACCAAUCUCAGCUCCCACCUGGAUAAAGAUGCAUGGGAAGAGCUUGGCGGAAUUGGAUUCCAGCUUGGGUUGCCAAGGUUCACCAGCUAUGAAGGUCUUGAUUACAAAACCCAGCAGCAGGGAGUCGCGACUUAUGUCUUCGGAGCAUUUCACGAGUCAAUCACACAGCAGGUCAACGGAAGACACCUGAGAGAUAGUCAAGUAUUGGAAAUAAGAGGGUAUAAGUCUUGGGCCCGAGAUCCCACAGAUGCGGAAGAGUUAUGGAAGCUCAGUGAAACACUUGUUGGACAAGAGUUCAACUAUUGA